UCUAAACCCUAGCUCCGGAUUCCAUCUUACCAUACAAACCCUUGCUGAGAGCAGAGAGUCGCACAAGCCGCCGCAAGGAGAAGGUAGCGAAGCGAAAAAGAUGGAGCCGCCGAGAAAUGUGAAGGACGUUUCACCACAUGAGUUCGUCAAGGCGUACGCCGCGCAUCUGAAGCGCUCCGGCAAGUUGGAGCUGCCGGAAUGGACUGAUAUCGUUAAAACUGGAAAAUUGAAGGAGCUUGCUCCUUAUGACCCUGAUUGGUACUACAUCAGGGCAGCCUCUAUGGCCAGAAAGAUCUAUUUAAGAGGAGGUAUUGGGGUUGGAGGAUUCCGCCGAAUCUAUGGUGGAAACCAGAGGAAUGGCAGCCGUCCCCGUCAUUUCUGCAAGAGCAGUGGUUCAGUAGCACGCCACAUCCUUCAGCAAUUGCAGACCAUGAACAUCAUUGACUUUGACCCAAAGGGUGGGAGGAGAAUCACAUCCAAUGGGCAAAGAGAUCUUGAUCAAGUUGCUGGUCGAAUUACGGCUGCCAAUUAAGAUAUGAAAAAGGAGGCGUUUUUAUGAGUACAUGAGUUGUUGCCAACUUAUAAUUUCAGCUUGGACCUAUUAUAGGUGUAGGGUAUUGUUGAAUCUUUGUCUGCAUGUUUUGCCCUUUUAUUUUCAAUCUGGGAUUCUUUUGCAUCAGUAUGCUAAUUUUGUCCUUUAAAAUACUUCAA